AUGGCUACACCCCCAAAUGAUAGACCUGUCUCACAGACGUUAGCAGCUUCUUUAGAAUUUGAGCAAAAUAUCAAUCAAAUGUCAAACAGCUAUCCAAUCAUUUUGAACAAUUCAUAUCCUAUAACUCAAUCUCUUUCUGAUGAUCCACUUCAGCCAAUAUCUAGAUCAACGUCUGAUGAAGAAAUACCUUCCAUAGAUUUUAGCCGAUACGAAAAUCGCUUAAACACAUUUGAUGGAAAUUGGGAAUUACAAUUUAUAACCCCUGCCCAAAUGGCCGAAGCCGGAUUAUAUUAUAUCGGCCCACAAGAUCGUGUUGAAUGUGCGUAUUGUUCUUCAGAGUUCAAUGAUUGGAAACAUGGUGAUAAUCCGUUUGAUGAACAUAGAAAAUGGUCUCCACGUUGUGCAUUUUUUAAUGACUCUUCUGCUGGUUAUGAUGUGUGUGGUAUUUAUACGUCCGGUCCUGCUAAUGUCCAUUCUAAUGUCCAUUCUAAUGUCCAUUCUAAUGUCCAUUCUAAUGUCCAUUCUAAUGUCCAUUCUAAUGUCCAUUCUAACAAUGAACCACCAAACUUACAAGAUUUUUUAAAAUCUGUGGGUAUUCUGCAAGAAAUUAAACCACCUAAGCACAAAGAGUUUGCCACCUUAGAAGCACGCUUGGAAUCCUUUGAAAAAUGUGUGAUAUCAUUAAAGCAAAAUAUUCAAACUCUAUGUGAAGCGGGAUUGUAUUAUCGAGGCACUGGUGCAGAGGACCAUAUGACAUGUUAUCACUGUGAUCAAGGUCUUAGGGACUGGGAAGAUAACGAUGAACCAUGGACAGAACAUGCCAAAUGGUCAAAAGCUUGUAAUUAUGUUUUGUUGAUUAAAGGGAAAAACUUUGUUGAAGAAGCAUGUGGUGAGGAAAGCACAAAAUUAAACUCAAAGGAGUUAUGCAAGCUGAUUGCUGAAAAUAAGGAUACGUCUAUCACUGAAAAUAAUAUGCAAGUAAAUUCGACAAUAAAUAUUCACAUUGUCUGUCAACGUCGUCAUACACCUAAAUUUUUCGAUUGCAUUUUUGUUGCUUGUAACUAA